AAAAAAAAAAAAACCCCGAAAAAACAAAAAAAAAAAAAAAAAAAAGAAAAAAAAAAACCAAACAGAAAAACGACGGCAGCCGCGCCGCGCGAGGAAGCCGAGGGCCGCAUGGUGCUGCCGUGAGCGGGGCGGCGCGGGGCCGGAGGCGGCGGGAGGAUGAAGCGGCGGAGCGCGGACUGCAGCAAACUGCGGCGGCCGCUCAAGCGGAACCGCAUCGCCGAGGGAAUCUACGGCAGUACUUUCCUGUACCUGAAGUUCCUGGUGGUGUGGGCACUGGUCCUGCUAGCAGACUUUGUCCUGGAGUUCAGAUUUGAGUAUCUGUGGCCCUUCUGGCUCUUCAUCAGGAGCGUUUACGAUUCCUUCAGAUACCAGGGCUUGGCUUUUUCAGUAUUUUUUGUGUGUGUAGCAUUCACAUCAAAUAUAAUAUGUCUGCUCUUCAUACCAAUACAAUGGCUGUUCUUUGCUGCCAGCACGUAUGUGUGGGUACAGUAUGUCUGGCACACAGAGAGGGGUGUGUGUCUACCAACAGUAUCACUGUGGAUACUUUUUGUUUAUAUCGAAGCAGCAAUUAGAUUUAAAGAUCUAAAGAACUUCCACGUGGACCUUUGUCGUCCCUUCGCAGCACACUGCAUUGGUUACCCUGUCGUCAGUUUGGGCUUUGGCUUUAAAAGCUACGUCAGCUACAAAAUGCGUUUAAGAAAACAAAAAGAAGUGCAGAAGGAGAACGAGUUCUACAUGCAGCUCCUGCAGCAGGCACUGCCCCCGGAGCAGCAGAUGCUGCAGCGGCAGGAGAGGGAGGCAGAGGAAGCCAAAGGAUUAUCUGAGAUGGAUUCCUCGAUACUUUUGCAGCACAAUGGAGGCAUUCCAGCCAAUAAAAAAUUAUCUGCAACGUUGCCAGAGCUAGAAUAUAGAGAAAAAGGGAAAGAAAAGGACAAGGAUGCUAAGAAACACAACCUCGGAAUAAACAACAACAUUUUGCAACCUGUAGACUCUAAAAUACAAGAAAUUGAAUAUAUGGAAAACCAUAUCAAUAGUAAAAGAUUAAAUAAUGACCUCGUAGGAAGUACAGAAAACCUCUUAAAGGAGGACUCAUGCACUGCCUCAUCCAAAAAUUACAAAAAUGUCAGUGGGGUUGUGAACUCCUCCCCACGUAGUCACAGUGCGACCAAUGGGAGCAUCCCUUCAGCAUCUAAAAAUGAGAAAAAACAGAAGUGUCCAAGCAAGAGCCCGAGUGCACAUAAGGACUUAAUGGAGAAUUGUAUUCCCAAUAACCAGCUCAGCAAACCAGAUGCGUUGGUGAGGUUGGAACAAGACAUUAAAAAGUUAAAGGCUGACCUGCAAGCAAGCAGGCAGAUCGAGCAGGAGCUGCGUAGCCAGAUCAGUUCUUUGACCAACACAGAACGGGGAAUUCGGUCUGAGAUCGGGCAGCUCCGGCAGGAAAACGAACUGCUCCAGAACAAAUUGCACAAUGCUGUACAAAUGAAACAAAAAGACAAGCAGAUGAUCAGCCAGCUGGAGAAGAAAUUAAAGGCAGAGCAAGAGGCCAGAGCCUUUGUAGAAAAACAAUUAAUGGAAGAAAAAAAGAGAAAGAAGUUGGAAGAAGCGACCGCUGCACGUGCUGUUGCAUUUGCUGCUGCUACAAGAGGAGAAUGUACUGAAACUUUACGGAAUCGUAUCCGAGAGCUGGAGACAGAGUGCAAGAAGCUGAGCAUUGACAUCAAGCUGAAAGAAGAUCAGAUACGAGAACUAGAAAUGAAAGUUCAGGAACUGAGGAAGUACAAGGAAAAUGAGAAGGAUACGGAGGUGUUGAUGUCAGCACUUUCAGCCAUGCAGGAUAAAACACAGCACUUAGAGAACAGCCUGAGCGCAGAGACGCGGAUCAAGCUGGAUCUUUUCUCUGCGUUAGGAGAUGCGAAACGGCAGCUUGAGAUUGCCCAAGGGCAAAUCAUUCAGAAAGAUCAGGAAAUCAAGGAGCUCAAACAGAAGAUUGCCGAAGUGAUGGCAGUGAUGCCCAGCAUAACCUACACCGCAGCCACCAGCACGCUCAGCCCCGUUUCCCCACAUUACUCUUCCAAAUUUGUGGAGACCAGCCCUUCUGGACUCGAUCCCAAUGCCUCUGUUUAUCAGCCCAUGAAGAAAUGAAUGCCAACUCUGGUUUUGCCCGGUGACGUCACCGUGCUGAAGGCUUUCACACAGGAGUGUCUCUUGCAGUCCAAGAUGAAAUUGUAUCGUGUGAGACUGUUAUUUGUUGUCAUUAAAAACAGGAAAAAAAAAAACAAAAACAACAAAAAAAGAACAUCUGGAUCGACUAGAACUGCCCAUCAGUUUUUCUUGUAAAUUUUUAGAAAACCUCACAGAACUUUGCAAUUUAUUUUCCUUGGCCAAUGCAUUAAAAACAAUUCUUGGUUUUCAAGUAGCCAAUUUUGCCUUCUUAUGUACUUGUGCAUGGUUUCCUCUUGAAAAUACAGGGCUUUGCUUGAUUUUGAA